AUGUCGAUCACUGAAGAAAACGAAACAAAAACUCCGCCAGGUACGAAUGUGGAUUUGGUUACUAGCUCUGCAUCCAGUCAUGACAGUACCAGAGAAGAAGAAAACAAUGAUUCUGACUAUGAUCCUGCCAAAUGGUACAACAAAAAGCCAUUUGGAAAGUUAUUUCCCUUUUCAAGUGGACUCUCUCAGAUUUUGAUGGUUUCUUUUGUUUGCUUUUUAUGUCCGGGAAUGUUCAACGCAUUAUCUGGUAUGGGAGGUGCUGGAUUGUCGUCUGCAACACUUUCAAACAAGGCUAAUAUUGCAUUGUACUCUUGCUUUGCAACGGUUGGAUUUUUCUCUGGAACAAUUGUUAACACAUUUGGUGUUAGGUGGUCUCUUGCUUUUGGUGGUACCGGCUACUCGAUUUAUAUUGGCUCUUUUCUUUGUUACAAGCAUACCGGAAAUGAAGGUUUCAUAAUUUUUGCCGGAGCAUGGUUGGGAUUAACUGCUGCCACACUUUGGGCAGCAACAUCCACAUGCAAUAUAUCUUAUCCUACCGAGGCAAAGAAGGGAACAUACAUGUUUAUCUUUUGGGCCAUAUUCAAUUUAGGUGGAGUUAUUGGAUCUUUGAUCCCAUUAGCACAAAAUAUGAAUAAUUCAAGUGGCGAUGUGACUGAUGGUUCUUAUAUUGCUUUCCUUAUUCUCACAAUCCUUGGUGCCAUUAUUGCCCUCUUCAUGCUUCCUACAAAGAAUGUUAGGAGAACGGAUGGGACUAAGGUUAUAUAUCAAAAGAAUCCAAAUAUUGUGAGCGAACUGACUGAACUAGUAAAACUUUUGGUCAAGGAACCAUGGAUUUUACUUCUUUUCCCAAUGUUUUUUGCAUCCAACUUCUUUUAUACCUAUGAACAGUCAGACUUCGCAAUUGCCUUUACGGUUCGGACGAGAUCUUUGAACUCCUUACUCUUUUGGCUUAUGCAAAUGGUGGGUUCUUAUGUUAUUGGAAUUCUUCUUGACUUGAAAAAACUAUCGAGGCGAACACGUGGAAUUUUUGGAUGGGUUUCAUUGUUUAUUUUAACGCAAGUUAUAUGGGGAAUUGGAAUGCUAUGGGUGAAGGGCCGAACUAGAAAUCAAACUGUGUCACUUAUCGAUUUUAAGGAAGGAAGAUAUAUAGGUCCAAUGUUUUUAUACAUGUUCUUUGGAUUUUAUGAUGCCAUUUGGCAGUGUUAUACCUACUGGAUCAUGGGUGCACUCACAAAUUCUGCAAGAAAGGGUGCUAUAUACGCAGGGUGGUAUAAGGGUCUUCAAAGUGCAGGCUCGGCUAUAGCUUGGUCGAUGGACCUCAAUGAAAAACCGUAUAAAACAAUGUACGGAACGACAUGGGGUUUAUUAGCUGGCUCUUUGGUCGUUGCUUUUCCGAUUUUGUAUUUGAAGGUUGAAAACACAACAGAAAUUGAGAAGGAUUUGAAAGACAUAAAGGGUGUUAGCCAAGAAUUAGUUGAUGAAUUAAAUAUCCAGAAGACUAUAACAACCAAGGAAAGAACUUAA